AUUUUCAGGUUUAUAUCGUAAAUCUUUUUCUUCAGAUAAAUAAUGAAUUUAUAUUUUGGUUUUAUCUAAAUAAUAUCUAAAUAUAAAAAUGGAGCACGUUCGCUUUGGAAGUGACUUCAAAAACCAGCCACGAAUUGGGCAUCGAUAUAUUCAGUCAACAGCUGGAGCUGUUACUACUAAAACAGCAAAGGGGAGCUUGAUUGUUGAAAAAGUGAAUGUGAAAAGAUAUAUUGCUGGUAAAAAACCUGAAUGGGCUGCAGAUGAAUCUAGUGAAGAUGAAAGUGACGAUGAAGGGUUGCAGGAUAAUGAGCAAGGCCAGCACUCUCCACAGCAGCUGCAUGCAGAUGAUAUUGAAGAAGAUAUUGAAGAAAUAAGAGAUGAUCAUGGUCGACGUCGUGUUUAUGAGCCACGAAUUGUGACUCAGCAUGAUGAAGAAGAAGAAGAAAGAAAGCAUUCUAAGAGAAGUGAAGAAAGUAGCGAUGAGGAAAAUAAUGCAGAAGAAGAAUUAGAUGAAGCGGCUAUUGAGCGACGGAGAGAAAUUCUAAAAAAACGAGCACAAAUCAGAAAAGAAAAAGAGAAGGAUCUCCUAGAUGUUGAAGAAGAUGAAGAUCUUAUUGAAGAGGAAGAAGAAGAGGAGUCUUCUGAGUAUGAAGAAUACAGUGACAGUGAUGAAGAAAAUACAUUGAGGUUAAAACCUGUUUUUGUUAGAAAAAAUGAUCGUAUAACAAUUCAAGAAAGAGAGCGUAUUCAAACAGAGACAGAAAUUAGUGAAGAGAAAAUGAAGAAAAUUCUUGAAGAGAGAAAGCGUGCAUCAACAAGAUUGGUUAAUGAAAUUAUUCAAGAAGAACUGAAGGAAGAACAGGGGGUUGUUGAAAUUGAACAGCUUGUCAUCACUGAUGAUGAAAAUGACGAAGAAGAAUAUGAGGCAUGGAAAGUAAGGGAGCUUAAGCGAAUUAAACGAGACAAAGAUGAAAAAGAAGCACGCGAACGAGAGAAAUUAGAGAUAGAACGUAUGCACAACCUUACAGAAGAGGAGCGCAGAGAAGAAUUACGUAGAAAACCUAAAAUAAUUACUAACAAAGGAACUAAGGGAAAAUACAAGUUUCUUCAAAAAUAUUACCACAGAGGAGCAUUUUUCAUGGACAAAGAAGAAGAUAUAUUCAAACGCGACUUCACUGGCGCAACACUUGAAGACCACUUUGAUAAAACAGUUUUACCAAAAGCAAUGCAAGUUAAAAAUUUUGGAAGAUCUGGGCGUACAAAGUAUACUCAUCUUGUUGAUCAAGACACAGCUCAGGCCGAUUCUCCUUGGUUUUCUGAAACGGCGCAAGGUUUAAAAUAUCACGAGAAAAUCAGCGGUGGUUUAAAGCAACAAUUUGAAAAACCGUCAAGAAAAAAGCGGUAGUGUUUUUUUAUGUGGACGUUUCGUCGAAAAGACAAAUUGCUUUCAAAGGUUGCUCUAAGAGCUGGAUGAUAAACAAGCAGAAAAGCUCCGCUCCGUUGUUUGCUUCAUUCGCAAGACAAAACUCGAUACAAGAAUUUAUUAUUUGAAUUUUAAGGAUUGAAAUUGACAGUUAAAAUAUAUUUAUGAAUUAUUGA